UCAAUAUAUAAAUGUUACUCAUUUGCCACUCCUUUGGAGCAAAAAUAAUGUAGAUAGUUUCUAAUGUUGAUCAAUUCUUGUUUCAUCAUACAUCCAGUGGAGUCAAACAAAUGCAAGCAAACUGAAAAUGAUCGUGUUGAGUUGCCAUGGAGCCGACUUUCUAUAACAUUGUAAAUAACAAAAAGGCAACCUUCACUUGCUAAUGUUAGAAGUUCCAUAGCUUUUGUUCUAAGGUACUUUGAACUUUUGUGUUUUAAGGCGUAUGUUAUAAUGGUCAGUAUUAACUGUGAUCUAUCAGUUUUUAUCUGGCAGAAUCAUAUUGAAGUGUUAAAAAUUGAAUUUCAAAUUACGUUUUCGAUUGCUGUACCCAUUAUUAUGUAAAUGUUGAAAAUCAAAUUUGAUCAACAAGAUACGGCAACUACAUUAAUCAACAGGUGCAGCAGCACUAUAGACAAGUGACACACAAAAGUCAGCUGCUCACACAAUGAUCAAAAUGAAUUCCUGAACUUAGAACCAAAAUUAGAGCAUUUUGACAAGAUUCUUAGAUAAAUCAAAUAUUUAUAGACCAUAUCAAAAUCUGUCAAGUGAUUUUAACAAUGCCUAAAUGCUCCUUGUCCUAAAAAAUCAUCUUCUUGCUCUUUGCUCUUGCUCUUCCUUCUCUCCUUUCCCUUUUUUCCUUGAAAUUUUCUGGUUUGUGGGUUACCACAGACCUGACAGACUUAAAACUGACACUAUGACUCAAGAGCUAAGGUCCCACAGACCGCUCUGACAACCAACGAUGACUUAACUGAUCAGUUUUUAUCAUGGAAUGUCAUAUUUGUUGACCAUGUCGUCUGGCGGUCAGUAAUUGAUGUAUUAGCUUACACAGAAAUCCACUGAUACUGGCUGAAUGAUAUCAUGUAGCAUUUGCUUAUGCUAAAGGUCCCAGAAAUGAAAGCCUUCAUCAACAUUUGGUUUACAUUAGUUUUAAGUCAAUUGAAUACAUGAUUGUAUGCUAUGAUGCAUAAUUUAAAAUAUUCACAGCCAAAGACAUACUACAAAAAACAACUGGCAGCUGAACUUUUUUCUGAAGCACAAAAAGGCAAAUCACUGGAAAGGCUGCAUUGUCAUGAUGCAGCAAAGAUUUCAAGAAAUGCUUGUGUCUCACCCUGCUCUUUGGUAUUGGCUAUAUUGUACUUGGAAAGACUGAAAGCUUGCAAUCCUGAAUAUUUGGAUAGAACUGCACCUUCCGAUUUAUUUUUGAUUUCAUUGAUGGUAUCCUCUAAAUUUUUGUUUGACGACGGUGAGACUGAUGAAGUUAUAGAAAGGGAAUGGGCAGCCUCAGGGGGAGUAACUUUGAAAUAUUUACUGAAACUAGAAAAAGAUUUCCUUAAUGCAAUUGAUUGGGAGGUAUAUGUAAGCGAACUAAAUUUCUGGCGCAAACUGACAGAUCUAGAGACACAGCUGGCAGAAAAACAAGGCGCGAUAAGAGGCCACUUCACCUAUACAGAACUGGAACACCUAGCUGGCACCAUUGAGAUUCAUAAACUACUCAACUGUCUGGUAACCUUCUCUGUUAUAAUGGCAGCAACAUAUACUGCUGGACUAUUGACGAUAGUCGGCAGUGUAUUUUUGGCUGGACAGAUACCUGGUACCAGUUUGUAUGGUCGAAAGACUGCAGAAAUGCAUAAUGGUACCUUAGAGACUGCUGCAAGUGUCAAUAUUAAUUGUACUUUUAUGGAACGAAUGGAUACCAUCGUAGCUCAAAAUUCAACGCAGGAUGCACAAACGGUUACCUGGGACUACUGGAACAUUCCAAUAAUGGACUGGCUGGCGAAAUCAUCCAAAAUGACGGUUCAUUUCCCCGAAGAAAUCACUAUUGAAUUGUUUCCGAUUUACCUAGAGACCUCUGUCACGAAUUUGAAACGAAUUGAACUGGAAGACCAGAUCCACAAGGCAACCAAAACCAGGAUUCAAGACCAGAUGGAGUCCUCGUGGCACAAGGAGUGGACCAGCACCAUCAAGUUUCUAGGUGGAGCCGUUUUCGAGAAAAUGUUGCCCUAUGUAUUGUACAUGAAAUACUGAUACUGAUUUAUAUCAUUGAAACGAUUCGGAAUAAAAGGGCUGAAUGCCUGGACGAGGAAUUGAACAUGAGCGUGGGUUUUUAUAAUUACGUUUCAGGAAUAUAUAAAUUAAUAAAAAAAUACAUCUCUUGGAUUUUUGGAGAGUUUCAGGCAAGUAAAUGAAACUAAUUUGAAUAUAUAUAUAUAUAAAAAUUUUAAUAAUUCACAUUCAAUCGCAUAUGUAUAAAUAAAAACAAAUAAAGCGUGUACUAAAAGGAACUGUGGUAAAAAUCACAUUUCACAUCACAAUAAACAGCCUAAUUUACAAAAUACAGUUAUAUCAAU